AUGUGGAGUACCUACAUCGACGUUGCGCUUCUUUCGAGUCCCGUUGUGGCUUUCCUUACCGUCCAGCAUCCCAAGAUGCAUUCGAAGCCGUCGAACUUGCAGUACUUUCUUUUCACCUUUGUCUCGUUGCUCUUCCUGCGGUAUGGGGCGUCGACGUACUUUGGAGCGCCGGAACAGAUAGCGAUGGGCGUGUGCACCACUGUGGACCAGCCCAAUCCAAUAGCAUCGUUAUACCCGAACAACGCUACCGGUACUCUUAACGGAACUGUAGCGGUCAUACCGAUUUCUUUGAAGCUUGCGAGACAGCUCAUUCCUCCUCAGUAUGGCAUCUUGGAACACGCCUACAGAGCGUUGCUUCCCAACUUUCCUCGUGGAAUGUACCCGGCCAUUGUCCAGGCACUUCAUGAUCACGAAGUCCAAGCUUUUGGCUACAAGAUCGACGACUUCACCCGCACCGGCAUCGAAUUCCCCUUCGUCGACCUACUAAACGACAACCACACCUCCUUCAAAUGGGCACCCUCCCUGAUCAUGAGCGCAGGCCACGAGAUCGCCCUCAAAGGCGCCGCAGAUUAUGGCACCAACGUCUUCCCCGCCUCCUUCGAGCCCAGCUGCGAUGCCUACCGCGCGGUUCCAAUGGCGAAGAAGGGCACCACGUCCUUCAGCGCGCACAGCCUUGACGACAGAGCCUCUCUCACCACGUUGUUCUCCCCAACCGAGGAAGACCUUUUCCCCCUGUCGUUCUUCAAGAACUUCACUAACCAGCCGACUUUUGCCGACGGAAAGACAUGCGACAAUAUGAUUCGAUUGUUUAACACUUCUCUGACGACUGCGCCGAAUGGGAUUGAGCGCGUCAAGGGCACUGUGCGCGCUAACAUCCAUCCUUUUGAAGAAGAGCAGGAGUGGAGGGGUGUGUAUGGGUUGCGCAUGGAUACGGCGUUUAUCGAGAAUAAUUACCUGGACUGCGAGGAUUUCCGCGGGUACGAUGGGCUUGAGUGA